AUGGUGGUGGUAGGAGAACUAGGCGUUGGGGUUUCAGUCAUGGGGUGGUUCCUAGCGCCUCACAUCACCAAGCUCAUGGAGAUUGCACGGGAGUGCGCAGCCUCCAAGUGCAUGCUCUACGGGGACAGCACGGAGAUGCUGCAAAAACUGGCGGACGAUCUAUAUGACAUCAAGUGGCACCUCGACCCACACAGCACCGACUUCGUCAACGACCAGGGCAAGCUUGACCGGCUAUGGCGGCUCAAAGACGACGUCCACCGCGUGGAGGAGAUCUUGGACCUGUUUCAGCUGGAGAUCCAUGACAUCGAGACAACCGGUAAUUACAUAACAAGAAAUAAGAAGCGCCUGCACGGCAAGAAAGUUGAGUUGUCGCGUCAGCUGGUGAAAGUGCUCAAGAAUCUAGACGAGACCCGGGACAGGGCGCGGGAACUCCGACAUGGCGCAGGCCCUUCCAUGUCGCCAAAAGCAGAAACUGGCCAGCACACCAUGAGGGACAAGAGGAGCUUCUUCGGGUACCAGGACGAGUAUGCCCAGCUGGUCUCUAUGUUGUGGCCGCAGCAGAAUGGCCACAAGCUGGUGAAGGUGGACGCCAAGGCGCGGCGGGUUAUCGCCAUCGUCGGCCAUGCCGGGAUGGGGAAGACAGAGCUUGCUCGCCAGGUGUUUCGGGACGCCAAAGGAAAGUUUGAUCUUUGCAUAUGGGUGCACGCCUAUGGCAAGAACAAGGAGUUGGACCUCCUGAAAGAGAUCUGGAGGUCUGCUGAUAGGCCUGUCGGCGAUAUGAACGUCUCAAGCCUUCAGAAGAAGAUGGAAAACCUAUUGGCAUCCAAGAGGUGCCUUCUGGUGCUCGAUGAUGUAUGGAACCAUGAGUUGGCGACCAACGAGGAGGAGAGGGAGCAGGCAUCGCUGGCGCUGGAAUCAAUAAUGAGCUUUGCCCAAGGUGGAAGCCGAAUCGUGAUGACGACUCGUGCCAAGAUUUGUUCAGUGACAUUCAAAGCAGCUGCAAGCAUCAUCCUAAAUGGAAUCAAACCCAAGGAGAUGACACUUCUACUCAACCACACCGCCAAGCUAAGGACCGAUGGUACUAUUGACAAUGAUGACAAAAAAAUUCAACAGCUCGUAAACAAGCAGGUGUCCAAGAUGAAGGGGUCCCCGUUGGCGGCCGUGGAGAUCGGCCACGAGUUGAGGAAACAAACCACAGUUGACAAGAGGUGCGACAUAUUGCACAACGUUGAGCAUCAUUUGGACACCGUGUUACAGGCCCAUCUGUUCACGUAUCGCCAUCUCUUGCCGCGCCUGCAGCGCUGCUUCGAGUUCUGCAGCAUAUUCCCAUACAAUUGGAGGUUCGAGGCUGAGAAGUUGACCAAGAUGUGGAUAGCUCAUGGUUUCGUCGAGGAGGACGCCCAACAAGAAGGUCGGAGCAUGGAGGAUGUCGCCACAGACUACUUCCAUAGCCUGGUGGAUCGUUCAUUGUUCCAAGAAGAAGGAGGCGAACCAGCUGGAGGCAACGGGACGACCUAUGUGAUCCAUGAGCAGGUCCAUUGGAUGAUACGCAUGGCCUCUACCAAGAACUGCAUCAGCAUCUCCGGCACAGCAGUGAGAAGCAUCCCUCCCACAGUUCGUCACUUGUCUGUCACCAGCAGCUCUCUUGAUCAGCUCAAGGCAUAUCCUAAAAUCAUAGUACUCAGCAAUAUGAGGACCCUGCUAGUCCUACAGAGCAAUCAUGGUGAUGAUGAUGAUGAUGAUUCAACAUCAUCGACGCCCUUGAUCAGUACAGUUGACAGAGUACUCCAGUUGACAAGGGUAUACUCAAACUGUUCAAGGGCGUGA